AUGGAAGAGAUGAUGGAAUUGUUCAAACAAGUCCAGAUCAACCUUCCCCUUCUAGAUGCCAUAAAGCAAGUUCUAGCUUAUGCUAAGUUCUUGAAAGACUUAUGUACUCAAAAGCGUAAGCUAAAGACCCACAUUCUAGAAACUAUCAAAUUUACUGAGCAAAUGAGUGCUGUCUUGGCCAAUAAGCUUCCCUCUAAGCUUAAGGAUCCAGGGUCACCUCUCAUAUCUUGCACCAUUGGGAACAUUCCCAUUGAGCAUGCUCUCCUUAAUCUAGGGGCGAGUGUGAAUAUUUUAUCUAGCUUAGUUUGUGAUCAUUUUGGGUUUGGAGAAUUGAAGCCUAUAGAGGUUAUUCUCCAACUUGCUGACCGUUCAAUCAAAGUCUCUAGAGGUUGUAUUGAAGACUUAUUAGUUAAGGUUGAUGAGCUUUAUUUUCAUGUGGAUUUCCUUGUUCUUGACAUGGAAGCACCUACUAAUGGAAAACCAUAGUCGAUAAUCUUAGGACGUCCAUUCUUGGCCAUUGCCAAUGCAUGCAUCAAUUGUAGAUCUGGUGCAAUGGAUAUUUUCUUUAGUAAUAGGAAGCUCCGAUUGAAUAUCUUCAAUGCUUCUUUAGGGCCCUAA